GGUUGUUGGGUUCUUGAAUCAAUUAGUCCACGUGGGUUGUUUAUGCUCUUCACAUUAUGGCCAUAAUUGGUUGACAAAAUCGGGAAUAAGCAAAAAGAAAUAUGCACUUUUUCGUUUUUCAUUCACUAUAAAGCCUGAAUCUUACUCCUUCCGUUUCCACCAAAUUCUCUGUGUGCUGCCUGCCUGCCCUUUUCCUUGUAGCACAGAGCCCAUUGGCGUGCGGGAGAAGCAGAUUUCAGAGCAGAUUCAUGGAGGGUGCCAUGAGGAAGACGAUGAGCAGUGGUAGUGUUCAUAUGGAGAUGGAAGACAUUGACAACAAGUUUCAGGAAGCGUAUGGGGAACAUAACGCCACAGAAGACCAGCUCAUUACCCCCUGGACUGUCUCUGUUGCUAGUGGCUACUCGUUGCUGCGUGAUCCCAUCUACAACAAGGGCCUUUCCUUUACUGAGAAAGAGAGAGAUGCUCAUUACUUGCGUGGCUUGUUGCCGCCUGCACUUUUUGAUCAGGAGCUUCAGGAAAGGAGGAUGAUGCACAAUCUUCGCAACUAUGAUGUUCCUUUGCACAGAUAUAUUGCCUUGAUGGAUCUUCAGGAGAGAAAUGAAAGGCUGUUCUACAAGCUUCUCAUCGAUAAUGUUGAAGAACUGCUUCCAGUUGUGUACACUCCAACUGUUGGCGAAGCUUGCCAGAAGUAUGGGAAAAUUUACAGGCGACCUCAGGGCCUUUUCAUCAGUUUGAAAGAGAAGGGAAAGAUUCUUGAAGUUUUGAAGAACUGGCCUGAAAGGAACAUUCAAGUUAUUGUUGUGACUGAUGGAGAGCGGAUUCUAGGCCUUGGGGACUUAGGAUGCCAGGGCAUGGGGAUCCCUGUCGGAAAGCUUUCUUUGUAUACAGCACUUGGAGGAAUUCGACCCUCAGCUUGCUUGCCAAUCACGAUAGACGUCGGUACGAACAACGAGCAGCUUCUGAACGAUGAGUUUUACAUUGGCCUUAGACAUAAACGAGCCAGAGGACAGGAAUACAUGGAACUUUUAGAUGAGUUCAUGUAUGCAGUAAAGAAGAACUAUGGAGAGAAAGUCCUUGUACAGUUUGAAGAUUUUGCAAACCACAAUGCAUUCGAGUUGCUUGCGAGAUAUAGCUUGUCACACCUCGUGUUCAACGACGACAUUCAGGGUACGGCAUCUGUCGUUGUAGCAGGACUACUUGCAGCUCUUAAACUUGUUGGAGGGACAUUAGCUGAGCAUACUUUCUUGUUCCUUGGAGCUGGAGAGGCUGGGACUGGUAUAGCUGAGCUUAUUGCUUUGGAGAUUUCAAAACAGACUGGAGCUCCAGUUGAAGAGACUCGCAAGAAUAUUUGGCUUGUGGACUCAAAGGGGCUGAUCGUUCGAUCCCGCUUCGAAUCCCUUCAACAUUUUAAGAAGCCUUGGGCUCAUGACCAUGAAUCUAUCAAGGAUCUUCACGACGCCGUCCAGGCAAUCAGGCCAACUGUGUUGAUAGGAACAUCUGGUGUUGGGAAGACAUUUACAAAGGAAGUUGUGGAGGCCAUGGCAUCCUUCAAUGAGAAACCGCUGAUCCUUGCUCUCUCAAAUCCUACAUCACAAUCGGAGUGUACAGCUGAAGAAGCUUAUACAUGGAGCCAGGGCCGGGCGAUCUUUGCUAGUGGAAGUCCAUUUGAUCCUGUUGAAUAUGAUGGGAAAGUUUUUGUGCCUGGCCAGGCCAACAAUGCUUACAUAUUCCCUGGAUUUGGCUUGGGUCUGAUCAUGUCAGGCACGAUUCGUGUGCACAAUGACAUGCUCUUGGCAGCCUCUGCGGCUCUGGCUGCCCAAGUGAGUCAGGAAAACUAUGAUAAGGGAUUGAUUUACCCUCCUUUUACCAACAUCAGAAAGAUAUCUGCUAACAUUGCUGCUAAAGUUGCUGCUAAGGCUUAUGAACUUGGUCUGGCUUCUCGUCUUCCUCGACCGAAGGAUCUCGUAAAAUUUGCAGAGAGCUGCAUGUACAGCCCCCGCUACCGUAGCUACCUUUAAGCGAGUAUUGUAGGUUCAGUCUUUAAAAAGUUUCCACAUAUUUGCUUUCUAGUCCUGGAAUUAGCAUAGGACAUGCCUUCAAGAGGCUGUUGCUUCUGUCUCCUAAUGUCCUGUUUCUGAAGUUGUCUGUCUCUUGUAUAACAUUCAUUUGAUAUUCAGACUGAAGAAGAAUGUAUUAGGCAUUUCCAAUACAUUGCCUCAACUCACUCUUAUCUUAC